UGAUCUAUAUCAUGUCCAUCGAACUAAGAGCGCAGGGCUGCCUCUAACAAUUCUCAGUAGUUUACACUACGACAAGAGCGUGUUCAGGGUUUCUGGCCUCGUCAUAACUGUGACCCGCUCAUCCGAUACCUUAUCGCACGCCUUAUCAGCAACGUAUAGGGCGCAUAACGAUGACCAUGACGAUGCGAUGCCACUUCAGCCCUCUUGUUGGUGAUGCCACGCUCGAUCGAGCUAUCUUUAGGUAAUCAAAUCUUCGACGCUAGACAUUGAAAGGCAGGUGUAUGCCGGAAGCAACAACGUCGUACACUAACGUUUUUCUUCGUGCAUCACGUAUGCCUUCAACAACGAAGGUCCUACCUCAAGACUGUUCCCUCAUCAAUCCUAGUUGAGCAAAGUUGCUGCUAUAUCGUGUGUUGAACAUCGAACAUCCACCAUCGAUCCGACUCGGGCAGGUCGCAAUAAGACGAACCAAGCCAUGGUGCAUGCGACCACGGACCAGGAGUCACAAGCGACGGCUAAACCUCUGACCCAAGAUGCCGCUGUCAAUGACCGAAUGAACAACUCUGUCGGAUCACAUGGCAACGAUGUAGUCAUCAGCUACCGUGGUGGUAUCAUCGAGAACACGCACGAUGUACACGCUGCCGUUGUUGACGCAUCUGGCAAACUCAUCUACACAAUUGGCAACCAUCAGAGGAUGACACUGGCACGAUCUUCUACGAAACCGAUCCAAACACUCGCCAUUCUGGAAACCGGGGCUGCAGAACGAUUCAACUACGACGAUGCCGAUGUAGCACUCAUGUGUGCUUCACACAGUAGCGAAUCGCGACACGUUGAACGAGCACGUGCGAUGCUGGAGAAGACGGGAGAAAAGGAAGAGAUUCUUACAUGCGGCGGACACCCAGCUCAGAACCCCGUGGUCAAUCGUGCAUGGAUCAAAAAAGACUAUACGCCAACUGCCCUCGACAACAACUGCUCUGGGAAACAUGCUGGUAUGGUAGCAGGCGCUCUAUCUCUGGGCGCUUCGGCUCACGACUACUAUUUUCCCGGAAAUCCAAUGCAGCAACGCGUAUACCGAGCCGUAGAAGACCUGAGCGGGCUUGGAGAAAACGAAGUGCUUUGGACUGUGGAUGGAUGUAACCUUCCAACCCCGGCAAUGCCUCUUCCAAACUUUGCGCUCAUGUUCGCAAGACUUGCUGAUGCCGCUGAUUGCUUCGACAACACGAAGACGAAACCAGUCGAUCAACGAACGCAACAUUUAGCUCGUAUUCAUAAAUCGAUGGCUGGUUACCAUGGACUGGUCGCUGGUGAAGGUCGAUUCGAUACGGCGCUCAUGGCAGCCUAUGGUGGACAAAUCGUGGGAAAGAUUGGAGCAGACGCCUGUUAUGGCGUCGCUGUCCGCGCACCAAACGACGCUGACAUGACUGAGGCAAGUCACGGCGCUAUUGGCAUCGCUGUCAAGGUUGAAGAUGGCAAUCUCGAUGUCCUGUAUGCUGCCGUCAUAGAGAUUCUAGAGCGACUGAAGAUUGGCACGAGUCAAGUGAGACAGUCAUUGGACGGUUGGCGAUUUCCGAAGAUCGUCAACACUGCUGGGGCUGUUACGGGUGGUUACAAGCAUUGUUUCAAGGUGCGAAAUGUGGCGUAGCAGCAGCUGACUUAGGAGCGUGUCGGCAAGGCAACGUCUUUGCAGUCUGCUCGGAAGGUGCUCGUUUUCACAUGCCUUGAGUCCAAUAGAGUGAACCGACAGGCUUUCGCGGUUCUUUAUCGCACAAACAAGCUCUUCAUGUCCACGGACGCAAUUGGAGGCUACUUUUAGGUAGGGUGAAGUCUAUUUCUAUCGAGCUUUGUUUGGUUCAUCUAUACGUAC